AUGUUUUCCAUCCUGGGGAGAUGGGGCGCGAGCGGCUUCUACCAGCGGGUCACCGAGGCGCAGAGAUGCAGUCCAGAGAAAAGUGCUUCAUUCUUCAGUAAGAUGACCUAUUCCUGGUUUAGCAGAAUAAUUAUUUUAGGCUCUAAGAAACCUUUGGAAAGAGAGGAUCUUUUUGAACUUAAUGAAAGCGAUUCCUCCUAUAUUGUGUGUCCCAUCUUUGAGAAACAAUGGAGGAAGGAAGUUUUAAGGACUCAAGAGAAGCAAAAAUCAUCUUUUCAUAAAGAGGCACACACCAGGAAGCCAUCUCUACUCCGGGCAUUGUGGAACACUUUUAAGUUUGUCCUGAUUCAGGUUGCUUUAUUCAAAGUAUUGGCUGAUGUUUUGUCCUUCACUAGCCCACUCAUAAUGAAGCAAAUGAUCCUUUUCUGUGAACAACGCCCAGAUUUUGGCUGGAGUGGUUAUGGCUAUGCUUUGGCGCUUUUUGUUGUAGUCUUUUUGCAAACCCUGAUCCUUCAGCAAUACCAGCGUUUUAAAAUGCUCACUUCAGCAAAAAUUAAGACAGCUGUAAUUGGACUGAUCUACAAAAAGGCUCUGCUUCUAUCUAAUGUUUCUAGAAAACAGUUUUCUACUGGGGAAAUUAUUAACUUGAUGGCAAUAGAUGCCCAGCAGCUCAUGGACUUGAUGACAAACAUCAAUCUUCUUUGGUCAGCUCCUUUUCAAAUCCUGAUGGCCAUAUCACUCCUUUGGCAAGAGCUGGGUCCAGCAGUAUUAGCAGGGGUGGCAGUCCUUGUGUUUGUUAUACCAAUGAAUGCUUUAGUUGCAAAUAGAAUGAAAAAGCUGAAGAAAAAUCAAAGGAAGAACAAAGACAAACAGAUAAAACUGCUCAAUGAAAUCUUACAUGGAAUUAAGAUUCUCAAACUUUAUGCAUGGGAACCCUCUUAUAAAAAGAAGGUUAUUGAAAUUCGAGAACAGGAAUUGGAAGUGCAAAAAUCAGCUGGAUAUCUUGCUGUAUUUUCCAUGCUAACUUUAACUUGCAUGCCAUUCUUGGUGUCUCUGGCAACAUUUGGUGUCUAUUUCUUACUGGAUGAAGAAAACAUUUUAACAGCCACUAAAGUGUUCACAUCUGUGUCUUUGUUUAAUAUCUUGAGGCUUCCUCUGUUUGAUUUACCAAUGGUGAUCUCAGCUGUGAUCCAGACAAGAAUAUCACUGGUUCAUUUGGAAGACUUUCUCAACACUGAGGAACUUCUUCCACAUAGUAUUGAAGCAAAUUACAUAGGAGAUCAUGCCAUUGGUUUUACAAAUGCUUCCUUUUCCUGGGAUAAAACAGGGGUUCCAGUAUUAAAAGACUUGAACAUAAAGAUUCCAGAAGGCGCUUUAGUGGCUGUUGUAGGGCAAGUCGGGUCUGGAAAAUCAUCUGUGCUUUCUGCAAUUCUGGGGGAAAUGGAGAAACUAAAAGGAGUAGUCCAAAGAAAGGGCUCCGUGGCUUAUGUUUCCCAGCAGGCCUGGAUUCAGAAUUGCAUUUUGCAAGAAAACAUUCUCUUUGGCUCUGUCAUGCAGAAGCAGCUUUAUGAGAGAGUUUUGGAAGCCUGUGCCCUCCUUCCUGAUUUGGAGCAGUUACCCAACGGAGAUCAAACUGAGAUUGGAGAAAAAGGUGUGAAUAUAAGUGGUGGACAGAAGCAUCGAGUGUGUCUGGCCAGAGCUGUCUACAGUGGGGCUGACAUCUACCUCCUAGAUGAUCCCUUGUCUGCAGUUGAUGUUCAUGUUGCAAAGCAACUUUUUGAAAAAGUGAUUGGGUCCUCUGGCAUGUUAAGGAACAAGACUCGAAUUUUAGUGACACACAACCUCACACUUCUGCCACAGAUGGAUCUCAUUGUUGUAAUGGAAAGUGGCAGAGUAGCACAAAUGGGAACUUACCAGGAACUUCUGUCUGAAACCAAAAAUCUCACAAAUUUGCUUCAGGCCUUCAGUGAACAAGAAAAAGCUCAUGCUUUAAAGCAAGUCAGUGUAAUCAACUCCAGAACUGUUCUGAAAGACCAAAUCCUGGUGCAAAAUGAUAGGCCCUUAUUGGAUCAAAGAAAACAGUUCUCAGUGAGAAAAGAAAAAAUUCCUGUUGGUGGGGUGAAGUUUCCAGUCAUCCUAAAGUAUCUUCAAGCCUUCGGCUGGCUCUGGGUGUGGCUGAAUGUGGCCACUUGCCUGGGGCAGAAUUUGCUGGGAACUGGACAGAAUCUCUGGCUUAGUACCUGGGCAAAAGAAGCAAAGCACAUGAAUGAUUUCACAGAAUGGAAGCAAAUAAGAAGCAAUAAAUUAAGCAUCUAUGGAUUACUGGGAUUAAUGCAAGGUCUCUGUGUGUGCUCUGGAGCUUAUGUAGUCACCAGGGGAUCCUUGGCUGCCUCUCGAGUUUUGCAUGCUCAGCUAUUGGACAAUGUGCUGCAUCUCCCACUCCAAUUUUUUGAAACCAAUCCCAUAGGCCAGGUCAUCAGUAGGUUCACCAAGGAUAUGUUUAUAAUUGAUAUGCGUUUCCAUUACUACAUACGGACCUGGGUGAAUUGUACACUGGAUGUUAUUGGAACAGUUUUGGUGAUUGUGGGAGCUUUGCCACUCUUCAUUCUGGGGGUUAUUCCCUUGGUUUUCCUUUAUUUCACUAUACAGAGGUACUACAUGGCGAGCUCUCGGCAGAUUCGACGAUUGGCAGGAGCAUCUCGCUCUCCAAUCCUUUCCCAUUUUUGCGAGACACUGCUGGGAGUGUCCACUAUCAGGGCAUUUGGACAUGAACAGAGGUUCAUCCAGCAAAACAAAGAGGUGGUGAAUGAGAACUUGGUCUGUUUCUAUAACAAUGUGAUUUCAAACAGGUGGCUGUCUGUUAGACUUGAAUUUCUUGGCAACUUAAUGGUGUUCUUCACUGCAGUGCUUACUGUGCUGGCUGGCAAUUCUAUAGAUUCAGCAAUAGUUGGUUUGUCUAUAUCCUAUGCCCUAAAUAUUACUCAAACCCUUAAUUUUUGGGUAAGGAAAGCAUGUGAAAUCGAAGCCAAUGCAGUUUCCAUUGAAAGAGUUUGUGAAUAUGAAAAUAUGGAUAAAGAGGCACCCUGGAUAACGUCUAAGAGGCCUCCAUCACAAUGGCCCAAUAAAGGGAUAGUGGAGUUUGUUGAUUAUCGAGCUCAAUACCGAGAUGAUCUUGGUUUAGCAUUACAAGAUAUCACUUUCCAGACUCGUGGGGAAGAGAAGAUUGGAAUUGUGGGACGAACUGGUGCAGGCAAAUCAACACUAUCAAACUGCCUAUUUCGAAUUGUAGAAAGAUCAGGAGGUAAAAUUAUAAUUGAUGGAAUUGACAUAUCUACUAUUGGGCUUCAUGACCUUCGUGGCAAACUUAAUAUUAUUCCACAGGAUCCUGUUUUAUUUUCUGGAACCCUUCAAAUGAACCUGGAUCCCCUAGACAAGUAUCCUGAUCAUGAGCUAUGGGAGGUGCUGGAACUAUGUCACUUAAAAGAGUUUGUGCGGUCCCUUCCCAAGAAGCUGCAGCAUGAGAUUUCAGAGGGUGGUGAAAACCUCAGUGUUGGACAACGACAGCUCCUCUGUCUUGCUCGUGCUUUGCUGAGAAAAACAAAAAUUCUCAUCUUGGAUGAGGCAACAGCUUCCAUCGAUUUUGAGACUGAUAACUUGGUGCAGACCACAAUCAGGAAGGAGUUUUCUGAUUGCACCAUCCUGACAAUUGCUCACAGACUGCACUCUAUCAUUGAUUCAGACAGGGUACUUGUUCUAGACUCUGGAAGAAUUGCAGAAUUUGAAACACCACAGAAUUUGAUACACAAGAGAGGCCUUUUCUUUGACAUGCUAACAGAAGCUGGAAUAACACGAGACUCAGGGGUGAAAAAUAAAUAG